GUUUCAAUCCAGCCCCUAUUAAUACCCAUCUUUUGAGUUCUCUUGCCAAAAAGGCAGAAGAUGAAAAUGAUGAAGCUUUCCUUUGUAGCUUUUCUCCUAUGCGCUCUUCUCCUAAUGUCCUCAGCUAUGGCUUAUCGUUAUCCCUCCUCUUCGUCAGAUAAAGGAGGGGUUUGCGGAGAUAAGUGCAAAAGUCGGUGCUCAAAAGCGGGAGUGUUGGAUCGGUGCGUAAGAUACUGUGGGAUCUGCUGCGAGCAAUGCAAGUGCGUUCCUUCUGGGACUUAUGGCAACAAGCACGAGUGUCCCUGCUAUAGGGACUUGAGGAACUCCAAGGGCAAGCCCAAGUGUCCUUAAAUAGUAUUCAUAGACCACUUGAUCCCCUGCUCCUAUACUAUAUAUAUGGAUUCCCUACUACUGCUCUCUCUUAGUUAAAUUAGUAUGGUAUUAAUGAGUUGAGAGAUCUGAGAGAGUGUGUGUGUACUGUUACGUUUGGUGUGUGAUCAUCAGCUAGCAAAAUAAAAUAAAAUAUUAUGUAAUAAUGUUUUUAUAUGAUUUUAAGAUUACGUACCUGUGAGUCUAGUUUCCAGUUAGUAAGAGUUAAGUAGUGCUAGCUAGCUAGCUAGCUGGUUUUGGGUUUCCAUUUGUGUAAUUAAUCAGUACAUACGUAGUUAAUGUUUGUGUGCUUGUUUAAUCUUUUAUUAUUGGUGAUGGUGAUAUUGUGGCAGUUGGGGUUUCCUUAUACAAA